CAUACCAUACCCGAACCCGCUUACCACAAGAAACUGGAUAGUAGCUUCCUGCACUCCUAUCUUCCUCGCCGUAGGAACCAAAACCACAUUCCUCGUAUCGUACCCUUCAUCCAUUCACAUCAAAUUUUGCAACUUUGUUUCCAAUUGCGUGCACCCAUGUCCUCUUCUCUUUCCUUAUCGCUCUCUGCUCCCUCCAUCCACGAUUCUUCCUUCCUCCAUGGAACAAAGCUCUUUCCCUUUUCUCGAAGAGUGGCACCACGCCGCUUCAAUUCUUUCUCUGCCAAGUGCUCCCUCGACCACAUCCCCAAACAGUUCCGAAAGGAAAAUCUCAAAGAUGGAUUGAUGGAAAACUACAAGAAUGCACCUCAAUCUCUAUAUGGCCUUUCUCCUUCACAAAUGGACAUGUUCAUGACAGAAGAUAAUCCUAUCCGUCAGCAAUCUGAAAGAGUUACAGAGGAAAGCAUUUCAUCUGCCAAGAAUUAUAUGGAUAAUGGUGGAAUGUGGAGUCUAUCUGGCAUGGGAAAAAAUGAUGCUUCAAAAUACAGCAUGAGUGUUAGUAUGUAUCGAGGAGGUAGGGGAACCGGAAGGCCAAAAACUGCUCCACCAGAUCUGCCUUCUUUGCUCUUGGAUGCUCGAAUAUGCUAUCUGGGUAUGCCGAUUGUACCAGCUGUGACAGAACUUAUUGUUGCUCAAUUUAUGUGGUUGGAUUAUGAUAACCCUACCAAACCUAUUUACUUGUAUAUUAAUUCAUCAGGAACUCUGAAUGAGAAGAAUGAGACCGUGGGUUCAGAAACUGAGGCAUAUUCCAUAGCUGAUAUGAUGUCUUAUGUCAAAGCAGAUGUCUAUACUGUGAAUUGUGGCAUGGCAUUUGGUCAAGCAGCAAUGCUUCUGUCGCUUGGAACAAAGGGCUAUCGUGCUGUACAGCCAAAUUCAUCUACAAAAUUAUAUCUCCCAAAAGUCAAUAGAUCUAGUGGUGCUGUUAUAGAUAUGUGGAUUAAGGCAAAAGAGCUAGAGGCAAAUACUGAGUAUUACAUUGAGCUGUUGGCAAAAGGGACAGGGAAAUCAAAGGAAGAAAUUGCUAAAGAUGUCCAGAGGCCUAAGUAUCUUCAAGCACAGGAUGCUAUAGACUAUGGAAUUGCCGACAAAAUAAUUGAUUCAAGUUCAAGGGAUGUUGCAUUUGAGAAGAGGAAUUAUGAUGAAAUGCUUGCUCAAUCAAGAGCUAAGAGGAGACAAGGUGGUGGCAAUCCUCAAGCGGCUCCUUCAGGAUUUAGGUAAUCAAACAGCAUAAGGCCACUUAUUCGGCUCCAAAUCCAAUGCCUUCAAAGGAUGCUCGCGGGUUAAAUUUAAGUUGAUGCCUAGUAUAAAGGUCAAACAGCUAUCUCACAUCAAGGCCAUAUGGAAAUUUUCUCUGGAUAGUGUAUGAAAUCCGUAUCUUGGCUGUGUGGCGACGUGUUCAAUACUUAUAUUUGAAAUACCUAGCUUAGUUUCAACAACUAAAGAAAAUGACCUGGUUUCUUAAGUUGUAAAUAUCGAACCAUUAGCAAUCUGAUGGCUGCAUUCUCUUCAAAUGUUUCAUUUCAUUUUGAAUGAGAUUUUCUUUGUAACCCAAUAAUAUUGGAUGGUCUUCCGAUGGAAAUAUGCUAUUCAGAGAAACAUCAUGUUUGCACAGUA